AUGUCGGAGAGUCAGGAAGGUUCGAACAUCGAUUCUAAUUGUGAAGCAGUAGUUGUCGUCGUCGUAGUUGUGGGCGACGUUGUGGGCGACGUUGUUGGGGACGUUGUGGGUGACGUCGUAGGCGACGUUGUGGGCGACGUUGUUGGUGACGUUGUGGGCGACGUUGUUGGUGACGUUGUGGGCGACGUUGUUGGUGACGUUGUAGGCGAUGUAGUGGGUGACGUUGUAGGCGACGUCGUGGGCGAUGUUGUGGGCGACGUUGUGGGUGACGUUGUAGGCGACGUUGUGGGUGACGUUGUGGGCGAUGUUGUGGGCGACGUUGUGGGCGACGUUGUGGGCGACGUUGUGGGCGACGUUGUGGGUGAUGUUGUAGGCGACGUUGUGGGCGAUGUUGUUGGUGACGUUGUGGGCGACGUCGUGGGCGACGUUGUUGGGGACGUUGUGGGUGACGUCGUAGGCGACGUUGUGGGCGACGUUGUUGGUGACGUUGUGGGCGACGUUGUUGGUGACGUUGUGGGCGACGUUGUUGGUGACGUUGUAGGCGAUGUAGUGGGUGACGUUGUAGGCGACGUCGUGGGCGAUGUUGUGGGCGACGUUGUGGGUGACGUUGUAGGCGACGUUGUGGGUGACGUUGUGGGCGACGUUGUGGGUGACGUUUACGAUUGUUGCGAUGUUGUGGGUGACGUUGUGGGCGACGUUGUGGGUGACGUUGUAGGCGAUGUUGUGGGUGACGUUGUGGGCGACGUCGUGGGCGACGUUGUGGGCGACGUUGUGGGUGACGUUGUAGGCGAUGUUGUGGGUGACGUUGUGGGCGACGUUGUGGGCGACGUUGUAGGUGGCGGAGGUGUUGGUGUAGGGUUUGGGUGA